AUGGUGGCUUCAUUGACGAAGCGCCAGGCACAGCGUAAUGAGCUCGCGCUUCAGAAUUUGCUCAAAAAUAUACCAGGAAACAACGAGUGUGCAGACUGCCGAGCGCGAAACCCAGGAUGGGCGAGCUGGAGUCUUGGAAUAUUCCUCUGUUUACGGUGUGCUACUUUGCAUCGCAAACUAGGGACGCAUUUGUCGAAAGUCAAGUCAAUUAGUAUGGACCAAUGGGGCAAUGAACAUGUUGAGGCAAUGAAAAAAUAUGGGAAUGUAGAGUCGAACAAGAAGUAUAAUCCUCAGAACGUCAAACCUGACAUACCGAUUGACGUCGAUGAAGUUAAUGGGGCGAUGGAACGCUUUAUUCGACAAAAGUAUGAGAAAAAGAGCCUCAUGGACGCCUCUAGACCGGGAACAAGACAAAACACAGGCAGUACAAGCUCGGUCGAGGGCAAGCCGCCGCCAUUGCCGCCAAAACCGACCAAGCGCUUCGGUUUGGGUCUUCGAUCAACGUCAUACCAGCAGUCAGUCUCACGGGCCGACAGCCACUCCGCAACAGGGACGCCCCCUGAAUCCAGACAUGAUCGAGAUGCAUCACCACCACGGGUCACUAAGGCGUCUAAAGUUUUCGGCUCUGAUGUGGACAGAUCUCAAGACCCAUAUGCAAACCAGAUGCAGGCUUUGCGAUCACGGGGUUUUGUUGACGAGACACGCAACGCCACGGUCCUCAGGAGUAUGAACGGUAAUCUAGAACGCUCCAUUGACGUUCUACAGAGGCUUUCCCCAAAUCCACAGCCUCCAAAUCCCCCGGUACCUGAGAAAGCAGGAAAUACGAAUGGUAUAUCGAUUCAGCAGAAUACAGACCCUUUCCAGGCCCUAGACAGCAUACCUCAACAGCCCACAAUUCAACAGCAUGGCGGUCAAGUGCAUGCACAGCAGCCAGUGCAACCUUCGAAUCCAUUCCUUCACAUGUCGUCCGCAACAUCCCUAGAGCAAACCAUGCAAAAUAUGCAUAUUGCACAGCCUCAGCAGCAGCAACCAGCACUUUUCCCACAUAGUACCGGUGGCUACAACCAGACAAAUCAAUAUCAGUCUAAUCCUUUCAUGAACUCCUUCACACCGCCGCCCAUAGUUCAAAUGCCACCUCAGUACAAUUCUUUCAUGGCGCAACAAGCCACUCCUGGGCAUCAACAAUCCGCGUCUCCGGUCUCUGCCCAAUCGUCUGGAAACAAUCCGUUCUUACGAUCAAGCCAAUCGCAACCUUUUACGCCGCAUCCAUUCAGCGUUCCCAACAAUCACGUUAAUGCCCAGCAUCAGCAACAAGCUCACAACCAAAAUUGGACUCCUGCACAAAGCACAUCGCCUUUCAAUCCAUACCAAGGCUAUCAGCCUCCACAGACACAGUCACCAAAUCCGUUUCUACAGCGUCAACAGCAAGAUCAGCAGCAGCAGCAGCAGCAACAACAGCAGCAACAGCAACAGCAACAUCAGUACCAGCAACACCAGUACCAGCAACAUCAGUACCAGCAAAUCACGACGCCUUUUCAGCCAUCUCAGGCACAAGAACAGGCCAUUCUUUCUCAUUAUCAGCCGCAGUUUCAAACCCAGCAGCCUCAACAGCCCCAACAGCCAUAUUUGCCACGGCAUGACAAGGCCUCCAUUCUAUCGCUCUACCGUCAACACCCAUCCACUACCUCUCCACAGACCAGCUCACCAAGCACGCCUGGGGACAUAUCAAGUCCUAACGCCCAACGACGUGCUGCGACCAUGCCUGUUUUGACGAGUGCAAUUAAUGGGGGUAGUGUGCCCUUUCCUGGGGCGGCAGUCCAACAGCAGCAACAACAGACUCCUGACCAAGUACCGAUCGCCGUACCCGCUCAUAACCCUUUCAUGGCAAACCAUGGUCGGGGAGGUAUGCCCAAGGCUGCCGAUCCAAGCCGUGAGAGCGUGGAUUUUCGGUCGCUUAUGGCUGGCCGGCACAGCCCGGAUGCUUUCACCGGUCUGAGCGCGACAUACAGAUGA